AUGAGAACAUCUGUUUCUGCUCCGACUCACACUGACGUGAGAGAAAAAACCGGUGCAGCCCCUCAGAUGUGCGGUUUAACGUGUCAUAAUGAUUACCACAACACCUUCACAUGUGUUUGGAACACCUCAAGACUGGACGUGAUCCCUCCGGUCCAACCCGAGACCGUCUGCUGGAUUCAUGUAACGGUUACGAAGCUAGAUCCGAUUCCAGAGAAGGCGCAGAUGUUUGCAGACCCGGCACAGCCUCAUGUACGCUCUGCCACCGUGGUUUUUAAAAGCAAGCGAGGUAUAAUAACAUCAGGGACCGGAUUACAUGAAGAAGUCCGUUGUGACAACUACGCAAAUCCUUUGGCUGAAAUAGCACAACAUGAUGCAGAAGACAGUGCAGUGAAAGUGGCUCCUCCUGAGACAGUGGAAGUUCACGGGAUCAAUGUUUCUUGGAUUUUUGUUCCUUCAAAAAAAUAUUUAAAGCCUGAGUUUGGGGUCCAGUACAGAUCUGCUGCUCAGAGCUGGAAGGAUGUGGAAAAUUUUACCGUAAAUACUACAGAAACUCAAUUGGAGCUGCCAGAGGACCAUUUGCUGUUAAAUCAGCAGUACGUGAUCAGGGUGAGAGUCAAGUAUCAAGAGAGUAAACUGCCCAAUGCUGUGUGGAGCGACUGGAGUGAAGAGUACAGGUGGACAUCUGCUGUGGGUCAGACGCCCCACACACCAGAGAUCAUCCAGCUGGAAUCGUCUGUGGCAGGAAUCACACUCACAGGAAUCACUCUGGCCACCAUAUUAAUCUUCACCAUUUUCAUCAAGUGCAAGAGAAUCAAAAGGAAUGUGGCUUCUUCACCUUUCAGGGUCCAGAAGAACGGUUCCACGUAUAUUCCUGAUCCCUCCAAAUUCUUCGGUGAUCUGAACUCGAGCCACGGAGGGAAUUUCACGUCUUGGCUGGGGUCGGUUUUAGUGCACGAGAGCUUCAUCAGAGUGGACACCGAGUUCAUCAGUCCGGUCGAGGUCCUGAAGCUGCAGGACUCCUGCGAAUCCCGCGGCUCACACAGAAAUAGCGGCGGCCCGCAGGACGGAUGGGAUGACACCGCCAAAUCCUCCAACUUCUCCAACUCCACCUACUUCAUGUCCCAGAGCUCCAAGGGGCCAAGCGACGCUCUGGAGCCCUGUUCGGCGCACUCUUCCUACGGGCCAGCGGGGGGUGCCACUGACGUCGCGCGCGCCGCUGGAGAGAAGCACACUGAGGAGCUGGAGUUCUCUCUGGAGAAGCUGAGGCAGGACACACAGAGUCCGGAUUCGGGUUUCGCCGGCGGAAGCGAGGACAGCAUGGAGGAGAUGGAGCUGCCCAGUCCUGUGGGCUUAAACCUGGCUCCGCACCUGCCCCAGGACCUGCCGGCGCCGCAGCCCAGCAGACACCCGCUCAUGUGCCUCCCGCGCACGGAUCUGCUGCUGCGACCGAGCUGCUCAUUCCCUGCAUUAGACCUGGACCUCCUCAACCUGGACCUGCAGAGCUCCUGCGGGCUGAUCGAGCCCUCGAGUGGAGAUUACAUGCCAGUGAAAAACCUGCAGAGUUAAAGGGUUAGUU